CCCUCACUUCAAGAUGCUCCUUCGCUAACGGCAAUGACUGCAUACCAUCAUGUAUCACUUUGCUGGAGACAGAUUUACCGAAAGCUUGGAACUCAUAUGGUUCACCAGAGGUAAGUCCACCGGGCGACGUUGCUGCAGUGCUAUGCCACAGAGGCAUCCAGGUAUUGGACGAUUUUGCAUGAUGCUCCGUCACAAAUUGUGGUUUGGGCAAGAGCAGAAGAGAACGAUUGGCGAGCGCUGGUGAGAAUGUUCGGCAAGAGCAGUUGAGAAUGUUUCUCUUUCCUCUUCCACUGGCCCAAGAGCUCUUUCACAAGAGACAUCUGAUCCCUGCGUGAUACAGAACCACAACAACACCGCUACAUCAUAUCAGGCAUCGCCAUCAUGUAUCUGCACGAAAACGCUCUCUUGCUCGCCAUGCUCGGCUCUCCAUUCGUUAACGCUCUUCCACAGACCAAACAGCAAGCACCCUCCUAUCCUAUACAAUGGAGUACUUGUAACGUCACCGAAUCUCUCCGCAACAACCCUUCUCUCCAGUGCGGCACCAUGCAAGUCCCCAUGGACUGGAGCGAUCCCCGAGGACAAAAUAUCACACUUGACGUCGCCCGACUCCGGACGAACAGUACCUCUCGUAUAGGUAGUUUAUUUUUCAAUCCAGGCGGUCCCGGCGGAUUUGCCCAACGCUUUUGCUACAGUCAAGCUCUAGGAGAGAGUGCAUUCAGCGAAAUGCUCAUGGAUCACUUCGACCUCAUCUGCCCAGAACCCCGCGGUGUCGGCAAAUCAUCCAGCGUGCAAUGUGACAGCAGCCUCUGGCAACAGCAACCCUCAAACAUCAUCAACGACGAAGCCACCUUCCAGGAAGUCCUGAACUUCAGCAAGAAGCUGGGCGAAUCCUGCCUUAACAUGACCGGACCUCUCCUCGGCUUGGUCGACACCACCAGCGCAGCCAGGGAUCUCGAUGCAAUCCGCAUCGGCUUAGGCGAGGCCAAAAUGAACUGGCUCGGCUUCUCCUACGGCACUCAACUCGGCGCAGCUUACGCCGAGCUCUUUCCCCAAAAUGUCCGCGCCAUGGCCCUGGACGGCGUCGUCAACCACGCAGGAAGUGCUGUCGACUCGCUCCUCCUUGACAACUGGGGAGAUGACAGACCAUACGAAGUCACGCGCCUUCUCGCAUGGUGCAAUGCCAACUCGAGCUGUGCAUUCCACAACGAGACAUACGACGCCGCCCUCGCAUGGGACGCCAUGAUCGCCGAUGCGAACAAGAACCCCAUCCCAGCACCAGGCUGCUUAGCCACCUCAAAGUCUUCAUACGCAGGAACUUGCAAGCCAAAGAUAACCGGCUACGAAAUCUUGUUCAGCGUGGGAAACCAUUUCGGACGCCCCGAUUUAUGGCCGUGGUACUCGCAGGUCAUCAAGGAGGCCAUCAAUGGCAACGCAACACUUUUGUCAAGCUCCAUCUCCAGCUCAUCAGAGUCCUCAGACUUCGCCAAUCUAGCAGUCGGCUGUCUCGACUGGCAAAUGAACGUAAGUACUUUCGAGCAGCACACCACCCUCCAGCAGCUAGGCGAGGCAAUGUAUCCGGAAAGCUUUGGCAGUUCGAUGAUGUUCGAUUUCGCCACGUUGUGCAUGGCAUGGCCAUUCAACGUCACAAAUCCCCAGCACUGGCUGGACUCGACACAAAUGGCGAAAGCCCCAACGAUCCUCCUCGUGCAGUCCACCAACGAUCACAACACGCCGCUGCCCUGGGCGUACGGUCUCGCCGCGCAGAUUCCCAAGGUCGCGCUCGUUGUGAGAGUGGGCGACGACCAUACUAGCUACGGUGUCAGCGUAGAGAUUCAGGCUAUCAUGGACGCUUAUCUGGUCAAUUUGACUGUUCCACCGCCGAAUACCAUUGUCGACCCGGCCGCGAAUCGCAGUGCUUUGUCCCUUAACCAGCUGACAGAUUGAAGGGCUGUGGACAUGCAGAGAGGGGUCGGCGCGACUGAACACUGAACAAGAAUGUGAUGGCACGCGGAGGUUUCAUUCUUCUGGUGGAACUUCUACUUGUACAUAUCCGUGUAUUGCAUUCUUACACGCAUUGCUAGCGAACACCGUCUUCAUUGCGGA